CUUCUCAUCAAUCAAAAUCAAGUAAGCAUCACUACUUAGUACUAAUUCCAAACCAUGGCUUCCAACGUUCAGCUUUCAGAAACAAACAGCCCAAGGAAUCAGAAAAACCGUCCGAGAGUAGAGAAGGAGGAAGUGGACUACAUGCAGAGAGCUCAGUGGCUAAGAGCUACCUUGCUUGGAGCCAACGAUGGUCUGGUCACAGUUGCUUCGCUAAUGAUGGGUGUUGGUUCUAUCAAAGAAGACGUCAAAGCAAUGCUUCUUGUUGGUUUUGCCGGCCUUGUAGCGGGUGCUUGUAGUAUGGCUAUUGGAGAGUUUGUGUCUGUGUGUACCCAAAGGGAUAUUGAAACUGCGCAGAUGAAGAGAGCUAUUGAGAAUAAGACAUCAUUAUCUGCAAUCGACGAACAAGAGGAGGAGGAGAAGAAAGAACGGCUGCCAAAUCCAGGGCAAGCAGCAAUUGCAUCAGCGUUAGCGUUUUCAGUGGGUGCAGCAAUGCCGCUUCUGGGGGCUGUAUUCAUAGAGAAUCAUAAGGUAAGAAUGGUGGUGGUAGCGGUUGUGGCCACCAUAGCAUUGGUUGUGUUUGGAGUGACUGGUGCGGUCUUGGGAAAGACAAGUGUGGCUAAGUCGAGCGUUAGAGUGGUGAUUGGUGGUUGGAUGGCUAUGGCUCUUACCUUUGGUCUCACGAAGUUCAUUGGCUCCGCAGCCAUGCAAAUCUAGAGGCUCUUUCUGUGGUCCUCCUUGUUUCCAUGCAUCACAAAUUCACAAGUAGUGUUGCAUUAUGUUUGUAUUAAUAUCUCCCCAACUAUAUAUGUGAUGUAGACUAUCUAAUGCACAACAAACACCAAAAAAAAUUAAUAAAUGGUUUGUCAAUCG